UCUCGGAACAACUGAUUCAGGGCCCUGGAUUUAUUCUGUAGAAUGUGCUAGUUUUAUCGUAAACAGAAAUAUGAAGAGAAUUUUGGGCUAUUUUUUGCUCGUCUGUGCGAUCGUCCCAAAAUCUGCGACAGAAGCGGCGGACGAAUAUUUAAUGAGAAAGCAGAGAGAGAUAAAAGUAGCAAUAGCCAAAUCCUACAUUACAGAUCCAUUGCCAGUUGACGCACAAUCGUACAACAUUGAGUGGAACAAUUUAUGGGGUAAAUCUUUGGAUUCUGACAAUGCCCUGGCCCUGAAUUUCCUCAACGAAACAUUCGUCCUGGCGAAUGAUCGAGUGCUUCGUGUCGAGGUGGAAGUUUCUCAGACCGUAAUGCUGCGCCAGGUUACCUCAAUAAGUCAGCAAAAGCCAGCUAAAUUUGUCAGAAGUAUCGCCUACAAGAAAUCGUUGUAUCUACUGAUAUGUCAAGUGGACGGUUCAUGCAGUCUCCACGUUGGACCGAACGUGAACGAUUUGCGUUUUUGCCAAAUCAUCAAGCACCGCGGGCUUCCAAUGGACGCGAAAUUUUUCACCCAAGUUAACCAGCUCUACCUAGUCGUGGCCGAUAAUAGCGGUCAAUUCGCCGUUCCCUCUGUAAUUUAUCGAUGGACCGGCACUUACAUGGACGUCAUAGCGGAGGUUUCGACUACAGGAGCAAUUGCGGUGACAACAAUGAACUACAAGCAUUUCACGAUCGUAAUUUUUGCUCAGAAUGUUAAAGGUUGGCCCAGAAUAGGCACAGAAGUUUUCAAAUUCAAGAACGGGGCGGUUGAAAAGAUACAGUUUUUAGCCACGGAUGGGCCAACGUCGGUCCAUCACUACGAACAUGAGACAGAGAUGUUUCUAUUGGUGAUCAAUGAAUUAAGCGCCAGUAAAGUUUUCUGGUGGGACGGCAAGGAAUUUCUCACUUGGAUAGAAUUGCCCGAGAUAAAAUCACCGACUAAGGUAAACGUGGUUUACGCAGACGGCGAAACGUUGCUGCUAGUUGCUCAACAGAACACUUUCUCGCUCUACAAAAUUAUGAAUCUUGCCUACACUAAAUUGGAUCUUUUGGAAACGAAGGAUAGACAUAUAAUAACAGAUUUUAACGCCCGUGUUCAAGGAAACACUAUAAUUCUCGUUCUGGUUACAAAAUCUGAAGGGCAGUUGUGCCGUGUAGAGCCGUAUAAACUGGCAAUCAAAAAGUAUCAUCGAGACAUAACCGACAAAGUCGACGGUACGUUGGAGCACUUAAAGCAGCUUGAAGAGUUGCUUAUAAAGCGUAUGCCAGCCGUCGAGUCGGCCUACAAAUCGUGGCCGUCGCUUCUGCCUUUUUCGGAAAGCAUCUUUGUCUCUUCACCGUUGGAUUUCAACGAGUUGAUAAUGGAUUCUGGAAGCAUUGUGGAUCUUCGCAUCGAAGCACCGUCGAGCAUUCUUACGCCUACAGAGCUUGCAAUUGGCUUGGCUGAGAUGGAACUCGUGGCAGAUUUUUUGCUGAAAAGUUCGAGCGGAUUUGUUUACAGUAACAUGACUGCACAGAUCGAGGGAACGAUCAUUGUGGAAGGAGAUGCAUACCUGGAUGAAAUGCACUUGGAUUCACUGACGGUGAACAUUUUGAACGAUCAAAAGGUCGAGUUGGAUGAUGUAUUUUCUUACACGAGGGAUCAAAAUUUUUCCGAACCUCUCAGAGGCAGCAGCAUUACUAUUGAGAACUUGGAAAUUGAAUCGAUAUGCGGGAUUCCGUUUGCAAAUUGGCUGAUGAUUAAUAAUCCCGAGCAAACAGCGAUCGACUUAUUUUCGGAUAGCGUCAAGAUUCUGAAAGACAAAAUUAUCGUUCAGUCUGAUCUAAUUCUGAACAAUAUCGGAGUUUCGCGACUUAACAAUUUGGAGCUGCAAUCAUUUGUCGACGAUUUAUUUAUCGUCGGUUUAAACCAGGAGAUAAAGGGCAGUAUUUUAUACAAACGAGGAUUGGAGGCUUACAGUUUAACGAUGAAUGCGACAAAUGGGAUAAACGCUAAUCGACUACUCACCAAGUCGACUGAUCAAGUAUUGGAUGGAGAAUUUUCCAUGAAAAACUUACAAGUCGACGAUCUUUUUGUGGAAAGAAUUAACAACGUCAACGUGAACGAGGCUGCUAGAAUAUCGAAAGAAAAUGUGAUUUCGGGACACGUUACUUUCCGCAACCUUCGAGUAACCGAAGAACUCUUCGUCGCUGAAGGUGUAUUGGUAAAUUUCGACGUUCGACCGAUUCAGAUGUACGAAGACGUCGAGAUAAACGGUGACCUGUCGAUAAGGGAUCUAAAGCUGAAUCCUAGCUGUUCGCUUUACUUGAAAGGAGAGAAAGUGGACUUGGAUUAUUUGUUUAAGAAUUACUGGACAAAAUCGACAGAUCAAACAAUACCCAACGACGUUAAAUUGACUGGAGGAAUAACGAUAGACGAUUUGCGAUCCGAGUAUUUGAACGGUUACAGGGAAGACGAUUUUUUGUAUACAACCGCGACGGAAAUACCGAAAAAAUUCGGUCCUUUACACUUCAAAAGGUUUGAAAUUGACGGCGCGAUUAUUGUCGAAGGUGGAGAAGAAGUGCCCAUAGAUUCAGUUUUGGUAACUGACGAUGUGUUAGUCGUGAAUCAGAAGAUUUAUAUAAAAAAUCUUACAGUGGAUAAUUUAAACACUGAAAGUUACAACAAAAUUCCAAUCGAGUAUAUAAUGAGCGGAAAAAUUGACGCGAAGAUAACUGGUAAAAUAAAAUACAAAAAUCUAGUAAUAAGAAAUGGAAUCAAAGUGAACGAAUUGUGGGUUGAUUUUUUGAACGGUAGAAACUUGAGAAAUUUUUUCGACGAAGUUCUGUAUGUCGACAAGAGCUACAAAAUCGAUUAUUUGGAGAUCGACAAACUCGAGACGGAGAAUUUCGCGGUGGUGGAAAUGAACGAUUUGAAGAUGAGCGAUUUUGAAAAAAUGUUAAAGUACAAAGACGUCACCGCGAUAAGGAACAUAACUGUCGAGGGAGAUUUAAUAGUUACCGAAAAUCUCAAAGUAGAUUUUGUAAACGACAUUACCUGCAAAGAUUUCAUCACAAAAUUAUCCACCGAUUACGUAGAGCUGAAAGAGCAGUCGAUAUUUGAAAAUUUCGUCGUAUUCGGAGAUCUAAAUGCCAACCUGUUGAACGGUUUUAAAAUAGAAGAACUAGUUGCUAAAGCGCUGUCAAAAACUAAGCGUCAGACAAUUGGCGGGAAAUUUAAAUUCGGUAAAAUCGAGGCCAGUUAUUUAAAAGCCCAUAGAAUAAACGGUGUCGAUGUUACAAGCUUGGCGCUAGUUACUGACCCCUUGAUAAUCGAGGGGGAUAUUACGUUAUCAAAUUUAUUGGUGAAGGGGGACAUAAUCACCGGUUCUUUGAACAACUUGGAUGUUCAGGAGAUCUACGAAAAUGCUCUGCUUAUUCCAUACGAUCGAAUCGCACGGCUUACAGUUGACGGAAGUAUAUCAUGGGAGAAAUCAUUGCCAAAAUUGGAAUCCCUAUCGUAUCUCUUUGACAAAGCUGUGACGAAAAAUACAAAUCAAAUCAUUACGGGGGAAGUUAUAUUCGCAGAAAACGUCCGCACCUUUCGUUUAACAAGUUCAAAUGUUAUCGGAGGAGUAGAUAUUCAGUCGAUAGUUUCAGACGCGGUUGUUCCCGAUGGAAAACCGAUAGCAAUAAAGGGGGAAAAAUAUUUCGCCAAAGGUUUGACGAUCGGAAAAUUGGAAGUUUCCGGUAACAUCGGUAUCCGCAAAGUAAACGACUGGGAUAUUCUGGUGUUAAACUCUUCAAUAGUAAGGAUAUUCGAUACCCAAACGGUGACCGGUCAUACGAUAUUUCGCAAUGACGUAAAGAUCGAGCAUUUAGACGUAACCGGAAAGGUUCACGGUCUGCCGACUCGCGGUAUCGCAACUAUCAAUUACACGCUCCCGAGCAACACGAAAUUCCUACAUCUUGAAGUGCAGAGUGAGCUGCGUGUGGGGAAAAUCGACGGUGUGGAUUUCGAUACGUUCGUCAAAAACCGAGUUACGCUUGACGGAAACCAUGACGUGUAUUGCGACGUUGUUUUUCGCGACACGAUCUUCGUUUCCCAAAACGCGGAUUUACCGUCCAUAAAUGGCAUCAGAAUCUCCGAUGUCGUGCUCAGUGACAGUUCAGAGACUCAGUUAAUAUCGGGCGAAAAGGUAUUCAUCAAUGAUCUGAGUGUCUUCGGUAGAGUGAACGUCGGUCUGAUAAAUGGAAUCCCCGUGACACAAGAGUACGAAAACGGUAUUUUCAACAACGUGGACACUCUGAUCGAGGGAAACAUCAUCUUUGCAGCAGAUUUUGAGACUCUUUCCGACGUUUCCGUAUCCGGGCUAGUGAACGGUAUCAAAUUGACAGAUCUAUCUCGGCAAAUAACGAGCGAAGUGAAUACUAUGAUAAAAAACCUCGAAACCGGUCAAACAUACAUAGACAAAAUGAUCGACAGAUCUAUAAACGCGACCGCGUCAAUGCCGGAUAUUUUCUUUUACUUGGACGUGGAUCAAGAGCUUGUUAUCCAAGCCCCAAACAUCCGUAAAAUUCAAGCCGUCAGAGUGGAAUCGAUGACCAAAUUAAACCUUUACGGCGUUGAACAAGGACGGCACUGCGGUUUGCCGGAUUCUUGUCUAUGUCCUGCUCAAUACGUGGCUGAACUCCUCGAUUACGAAUGUAAAAUAUGGAGGGUCAACAGCGCGAGAACUGUCUAUAAUUUUCACGAAUUAGAGUCCCGUUUCGGAAUGAUAAUCGUCAGCAACGUCACAUCAAGCGGUCCCUAUUGUACCUCAGAAAAUCACGCUGCCGAAAUCACUACGGUUUCAUGGAUGAUUCCCGAGAAGAUGCCAACCGGUCAGAUCAAAGGACAUGUCGAAGCAGAUCGCUUGAAAAUAGGCGGUUAUUUGAGCGAUGCCAAGACCUUUAUGAUCGGGGAAAAAUUCUACGUCGUCCUUGCCAUUUACUAUGAUGCAUUUGUCAAGUCCCACGAAGUGAAUUCAUUAGUUUACGAAAUAGACUUAUCUAGUGGUGAAAUUACUCUGGUACAAAAAAUUCGAACGAGUGGUGCUAUUGCUUUAGACAUUUUUGCCACCAAGGAGCACGGAAUUCAUCUACUUAUAGCCUGUACACAACGCCCAGCCGAAUCUCAGAUCCAUCGUUUUAAAAUGCGCAAAUCUAAGUUUGAACUUUUGAGGAGCUUCCGGACCGGAGGAAGCCAGAAUGUCAAAAGUUUGAUACAGGAAAACGAAUAUUUCGUAUUACUCGAUGAUCCUCUGGCCAAUUCCGUACACGUUUUUUAUUACAACAGAAUAUUUGAUAACUAUUAUUUUUAUCAAAGUCUAUUUCAUCAAUCGCUGGUGAAAACUAUCGAAGUAUUUUAUUCUGGAGCUUCUGGGACCAGUGAUGCCUUCGUAAUCGUUACCACUGAAGAAGGACGAUUUUUUGUCUAUGAAUACAUGUAUUACGAGGGAUUUCAAUUGCGGGUACAGCAAUGGUUCGACGGUGUUCAAACAAUGGCACAGUUCAACUAUUCUCAGCGUCGAUAUAUUUUUGUCGGUGCCACGACAAAUAGCACGAUCUACAAAAUCGUGCAACAAGGGCCAGUCAAUAGUUUAUAAAAUUAAUUUUCGAAUUUUCUUUCUAUCACUCGUGCAUGUUUAAUAUUUAAAUAUUUUCAAAUUAAAAAGAGAGAAAAAAAAAUUUUGAAAAACAGAAAAAAAAAAUGGAAAAUCUUGCCAAUAAGGUUGUUGAAAUUAAUUUGUACUAAUUUAUUGUUACAUGAUAAUCAUAUUUAUUCUAUUGUUAUAUGUAUAUACUGUUAUAUUAUACACCAUGUUAUGUGCUUUGUUAAGUAUUAUUAUACAUUCUAUCGUUAUUACUGAAAUAAAAAUUCUGCAUUGUUGCCUAAAACAAAUGUUCAAUGUCGCCGUUAAUGAAUUCUAACGUUGUUAUCUACAGAAAUAUUC